GCGCACAUUGUACAAAGGAAAGUAACAGUCGCUUUGCAUGAGCCUAAUUCUCAGAUAAACAAAGAUGAGUUUCAACAGAAGUAUUAACGUUUCUCAUGAUGCUGUGGUUGUUAAACCCGAGCGUGGCACUAUGUUUCAGAGCUUCUCACCCAGAAGCCAUGGUUCCAAAGGAUAUUCUCUACCUCAAGAUUCAGAAGAGAAUAGAGGAUCAGUCGGUCAAAGUGCUGGGCAGAGUAGCACUAGUGUGGUUGAUCAGGUCCGGUCGCCAGCUGAUGAUGCUGGUGUCACUUCUUCAUCCACCAUAUGUCCAGCUCCUGUUUGUAGGCAAUUCUGGAAAGCUGGAAACUAUAAUGAUGAAUUGAGUUCAAAGUCUCAGCAGCCAAAUGGAAAAAAUUAUCUUCAUGUGCACCCUAUGUUCCUUCACUCCAAUGCUACUUCACAUAAAUGGGCAUUUGGGGCUGUUGCUGAACUGCUUGACAAUGCUGUUGAUGAGAUCCAAAAUGGGGCCACUUUUGUCAUUGUAGAUAAAACCACAAAUCCAAGGGAUGGUACAACAGCAUUGCUAAUUCAAGAUGAUGGUGGUGGGAUGGAUCCUCAGGCAAUGCGGCAUUGCAUGGGUUUUGGAUUCUCAGAUAAAAAGUCGGAUUCAGCCAUUGGAAGAUAUGGAAAUGGUUUCAAGACCAGCACAAUGAGACUUGGGGCAGAUGUCAUCGUUUUCAGCCGCCAUUCGAAGAACCAAACAUUGACACAAAGUAUCGGGCUUCUUUCUUAUACAUACCUGACACGUACUGGCCAUGAUAGAAUUGUUGUUCCCAUUUUGGAUUACGAGUUUAAGGCAUCUGCUGGCGAGUUCAAGACAUUGCAAGACCGAGAACAUUUUAUAUCCAGUCUCUCCAUUCUACUAGAAUGUUUGAUCAUAACCGUGAAGCCAUCCAUGAUUGUUCUCCAUUUCCGUAAUUCCAUAUUUCUUUUUGAUGGCGUUGGACCACAUGGGACAAAGGUUAUCAUUUAUAAUAUGUGGCUCAACAGUGAUGCUAAAUUGGAAUUAGACUUUGAUUCGGUUGCAGAGGAUAUUCUCAUUGAAGGAAGCAUAAAAAAAUCUGGAUCUAAGAUUGUGAAUGAUCAUAUUGCAAGCCGGUUUUCUUACUCUCUUCGUGUUUACCUAUCCAUCUUAUACUUGCGAAUUCCUGAGACUUUCAAGAUAAUUUUGCGUGGUAAGGUUGUCAAACAUCAUAAUGUUGCUGAUGAUCUCAUGCAUCCGCAGUACAUCUUGUAUAAGCCUCAGGCUGCUGGAUCUGAAGAGGCUGUAGUUGUAACGACGAUUGGAUUUCUGAAAGAAGCUCCCAAAGUAAAUCUUCAUGGUUUCUGCGUUUAUCACAAAAACCGCCUUAUUAUGCCAUUUUGGCAGGUCAUAAGCUAUUCAAGCAGUCGGGGAAGAGGGGUUGUAGGUGUUCUAGAAGCUAAUUUUGUUGAGCCAACCCAUAACAAGCAGGAUUUUGAGAAAACUGUUCUUCUUCAGAAGCUUGAAAACCGUUUGAAGGAAAUGACAGUGGAGUAUUGGAGCUGCCAUUGUGUGUUGAUUGGGUAUCAAGUAAAUAAGAAGCCUCGUCUUCAGAUACCUCAGAAUGUUCAACCUGCCGGUAGACAAGCAUUAAGUCCUCCUCCAGGCUUCCAAGCAGUUUUUCCACAAGGAAAUUCAACAUCUCUCCCUAGAUUUUCAGCUAAGCCAGUGCUGUUGGAAAAAAGGAAAGAACAUCCUGAUUCUGUUGCAAGUGCAGCGUCAAAAAGAAAGGUUGGGAAUGAUGGCUUUACUGUCCCGGGGCAGAAUCGGGUUGAACAGUUUAUUCAUGGAUCUGCAAGUCAGUCACAAGAUAUUGAAACUGUCAAGUUGAUGGAAAAAAACAAGAAUCUCCGAGCAAAAUGUUUGGACCACAAGGUGCGAAGUCAGAACCUUGAAGUCAAGGCCAUGAAUCUUAGGAGUGAGCUCGAGAACGUUAAAAGUGAGUAUGAAAGGUUAAUGGUAGAGCUACAAGCUUUGGAUUUGGUGAAAGGCGAGCACAGAAGAAAUAUGGCGGAGGAUUUCGCUAGAGCGGUCGACGAUGGGCUUAAACUCGCGAAACGGAUUUAUUUCGGCAAAGACCGAGCCGUUGCGGCGCCGAGACCACCAGCUCCGAUGGACAGAUCUUCCACGACGCAGCCUUACCUUCCUACGGCACCUAUGGUUUACGCUGUUAUACCCGACCCGGGAAUUGUGGAUAACCCGGAUUUGCCUAGCUACCAGCCUCACGUGCACGGCAGGUGCGACCCACCGGCUCUGAUUCCUUUGCAGAUGAAUUCGAUUGAGCUUGAGGUUGAUUGUUAUCUCGACACGGCUCUUGUUACCGUCACCGGAUCGUGGCGUGUUCAUUGUGUUAUGGGAAGCAAGAGAUGUGAUUGCCGAAUUGCAAUUCCCAUGGGAGAACAGGGUUCAAUUCUAGGUGUUGAGGUUGAGAUUCCUAGAAAAUCUUACACAACGCAGUUGAUCACAGCCGAAGAUGGAAACGAAUUCGAGAAAACCGCACUACCUGAAACUGGAGGCUUCUUGAAACCAAACAUAUUCACUCUUACAAUACCACAGGUUGAUGGAGGUACCAACCUCUCUAUCAAGAUGACUUGGUCUCAGAAGUUGACAUAUAACGAAGGGCAGUUUUUUCUUGAUAUUCCUUUCAACUUUCCUGAGUAUGUGACUCCUGCGGUAAAGAAAAUCUCAAAGAGAGAAAAGAUAUACUUGAGUGUUAAUGCUGGUACUGGAACUGAAGUUCUCUGUAAAGGAUGCAGUCAUCAACUAAAGGAGAAAUUGCGAAGUGCAGGGAAGUUGAGGUUUGCAUAUGAAGCAGAUGUUUUGAAGUGGUCGAACACAGACUUUAGUUUUUCUUAUACGGCCUCCUCAAGUAAUAUAGUUGGUGGACUUUUCCUUCAAUCUGCGCCUGUUCACGAUGAUGAUCAGAGAGACAUAUUUUCUUUCUAUCUUUUUCCAGGAAAGCAGCAAAAAACUAAGGCAUUUAAGCGAGAGGUGGUAUUUGUUGUUGACAUAAGUAAAAGCAUGAGUGGAAAACCUCUUGAGGAUGUAAACAAUGCGAUAUCCACAGCUCUAUCUAAGCUUAAUCCUGGAGAUUCCUUCAAUAUUAUCACUUUCAGCGAUGAUACUUCUCUGUUUUCGACAUCGAUGGAGUCGGUCACUUCCGAUGCUGUUGAAAGAGGCAUUGAGUGGAUGAACAAGAACUUUGUUGUCGCAGAUGGUACAAACAUGCUCCCUCCCCUAGAGAAGGCUGUGGAAAUGCUUUCGAAUACUCGUGGCUCUAUUCCUAUGAUUUUCUUCGUAACAGAUGGGUCUGUUGAAGAUGAGAGACACAUUUGUGAUGUAAUGAAGAAACAUCUAGCUAGUGCUGGAUCAGUGUGUCCACGGAUACACACUUUUGGGUUAGGUAUAUUCUGUAAUCACUACUUCCUGCAAAUGCUUGCAAAUCUAUCCUGUGGCCAGCACGAAUCAGUUUAUAAUACAGAUCACAUCGAGGAACGAAUGGACAAACUGUUUACAAAGGCUUUAUCUACCAUCCUUGUUAAUAUAACAAUUGAGCCCCUUCAGAGUCUAGAUGAAGUUGAGGUAUACCCUUCGAAUAUUCCGGAUCUGACAUCUGCAAGUCCAUUGAUGAUAUAUGGAAGAUACCGAGGAAAGUUCCCCGAGAAUGUGAUAGCCAAAGGUCUGCUAGGAGAUUUGAGCAGCUUUUCUACAGACUUGACUGUACAAAGUGCAAAAGAUAUGCCUCUUGAUAAAGUAUUUGCAAAGAAUGUGAUUGACUUGCUUACUGCUGAGGCAUGGCUCUCUGAAGAUAAACAGCUAAAAGAGAAGAUUACCAAACUAAGCAUCCAAACUGGCGUACCUUCCGAGUAUACUCGAAUGAUCCAAUUGGAGAACACAGAAGAAUUAAAACCCAGCGAAACUGGCGGAAAGAAAAAGACAACAAGCAAUGGAGAUAAACAGAAGAUGAUAUCAAGAACGAUCCCGCUACAAAGCCUUGGGAUAGGCUUUGGUGAUAAAACAGCCACCAGAGAGAAUGUUCCACCUGGAUUUGGUGAGCAGAAAGCACCUGAUGCUGCUGAGAAGUUCGUCAAGGCUGCUUCGAGCUGUUGUGUCUCCUUGUGCAACAAAUGUUGCUGCAUGUGUUGUGUCCAGUGCUGCUCUAAGCUCAAUGAUCAAUGUGUACUUGUCUUCACACAGCUCUUCACAGCGAUUGCUUGCAUCGCCUGUUUUGAAUGUUGCACAACUGUUUGCUGCGCUGGAGACGAUGGAUAUUUAGUUGGGUUCAAAGAAAGCUUAGCGGAAAGAAGCAUGAGCCUACUUCAGGUUCUUGUGACUCAAGAAUCAUUAGGUCCUCCUUUGAGUAAUGAAGUCCAAGGUUUGCCUCAAGACGAAGAAACCUUCUUAGCCAUCGGAACACUUGGAAACAAUAUCUUCCCUAAGGAACAAGAAGAAGAAGAAACAGAUUCUAGCAAAGAUCUAACUGCGGUUAAUACAGAUGUUACUAUCGGGAAGAAGAGAUCGCUUUCUUUUCUUCUCAAGAAGAUGUUUGUUUGCACAAGUGGCUUCAAAACUCCACCUCCUCUUCUUGAUUUGUCUAGAACAGAUUCAUUGCACAAUACGCGAAUGGAAAAGAUGCUUAGGACAAUACUCAACAAGAAGAUACAUCCACAACGUUCAAAUUCUAUUGCCAAGAAGUACUUGGAGAAUCAUCAUAAGAUUUUAGAUGAAGCUCGUUCAAGUGUUGACGCCAACAAAUGGGUCAAAACUGAUUCUGAAUUUAGAGUUCCAAUGUCUUGGGCUGCUCCUGAUGAUAUCUUCUUCUCCACUUCUCUUGCUGCUUACUUAGACAAGAAACUUCUUGUGUUGCUUCGUGAUGGUAGGAAACUGAUGGGUUUACUUCGGUCCUUUGAUCAAUUUGCUAAUGCUGUUAUAGAAGAAGCUUAUGAAAGAGUCAUCGUGGGUGAUCUCUACUGUGAUAUUCCCUUAGGUCUAUACAUUAUCCGUGGAGAAAAUGUUGUCUUGAUUGGUGAAUUGGACGUUGAAAAAGAAGAGCUUCCUGCUCAAAUGGUUCAGGUUUCAGAAGCAGAGAUAAAAAGGGCUCAGAAAGCAGAGAAAGAAGAAAUGCUUUUGAAGGGUACAAUGCGAAAAAGAAUGGAGUUCCUUGAUCUCGAUUAGGAUAUUUGCUUAUGUGCUGCAGCAUCGUAGAAACUAGAAGACCUGAAGAUGGAGAAUACAGAAGAUCCUUAAAUGUCAUAAUGUUACUUGAUGUGUGUAUGUGUGGAUGACAUUGAUGAAUCCUUGGAACUUAGUGGUUGCAGAUCCUCUGCUCUGUUUAUGGAAUGAAAUUGUUGCGGUACU